AUGAAGCUAGUUAGAAUUGCGAUUACUUGGGUUUUGCUGGUAGCCGCUGGCCCUAAAUGGGUUAGUUCGUUUGGCGGAGGACAAGUACAAGUACGAAUACCCGUGUGGGAUGUUGGAGGACUUAUAAGCCGAGUUACCGGUCUCAAGGGUCCUGGUUAUACCAACAAAAAGAAAGUAAAGCCCAAUCAUGAGGAUAAUUGGUCGCCCUAUGAUCCUCCUCCGCUGCCUUAUCCUCCACCACCUUACUUUCCAUACCCGCCUUAUGUAACACCGUGGCCAACUAGACAACCGCCUACCAAUCCCACUACGGAGCCUACAACGCAAUCACCAACUAAACCAACACGGCCAACAAGACCGACUAGGCCAACGAAGCCAACUAGGCCGACACGGCCGACAAGGCCAACAAGACCAACAAGACCAACAAAGCCGACAAAGCCAACGAAGCCGACGAAGCCAACGAAGCCAACAAAGCCAACGAAGCCAACGAAGCCAACGAAACCAACAAAACCAACGAAGCCUACAAAGCCAACGAAGCCGACAAAACCAACGAAACCCACAAAACCUACGAAGCCUACCAAGCCAACGAAACCAACUGAAGCAACAACGGAGACAACGGAGGUGACCACGGACACUACGGAGACAACAACUACAGAGGCAACUACCGAAACGACAACAACGGAUGCAACUACCGAAACGACAACAACGGAUGCAACUACCGAAACAACAACAACGGAAGCAACAACAGAAAGCACUACGGAUGCAACAACAGAAGCAACAACAGUGGAAGCAACAACAGAAAAUGACUCUACGGUAGAACCUGAAGACCAAAACGGAAGGAAAUCAGUCCACCUCGUAAACAACAAGUUCGGGAAAGGGUCCCAGGCGCAGCAGAAACUGUCGGUUGAAACCGUGCCGCAUUCGGCAACAUCGCUUUGUUUCUACUAUCCCCGCUUGUGUUCGAAGCCAGAAGGUGCUCAGUUUGUGAAAUUGUCAGACGAGAAGGGAAAACCUUUGCUUCUAAUUUCCCCAGUUGACGGAAAAUCACCUCAAGCUCUGAAGCAAAAGAACUUGCCCCACUCCACCUGGCCAUCUUUUCGAAUCGAGCAGUACAAGUUCAGCUCCCCGUGGAGGUGGUAG